AUGCCUCGCGAAGGACGGUACGAAUGGCCGGGUGCGAAGACGACGGGUACAGAUUGCGGUUGGGAUAUUCGUCCUCUUGGAGCUGGUUCCCGCGUCGUGGCAUCAAUCGUGGCGGAUUUCGAAGCAAUCUCUGAGACAGGAUUCAUCCAUUACUUUUACGGCGACGCUAUCAAUGGGUCUGCGUACUCUGAAGUUGCAGCUCCACGGCAAUGGACGGAGUAUCAUACAGAGAAUAGUGAGGCUAGUGAAACUCAGGCAGCCCCUGGCAGGGAGAAGAGGAGCCGUCGACACCCCUGGAUCCUCACCAUUGACCCGCCGAUGCACAAUGAUGGUGCAGCUUCACAGGCUGCUUCUCAUUGUAUCAAGUCACGGCCGUUGCGUCCAUUUUCGCGGAGUGGCCUUUCCCCGGCGAAGCAUCACAGGGACCGAUUCUCAGAUGCGAUACAAAACACUUCUUUCCCGUCUCCCGAUCCCGAUAUGGAAGAAACGAGCGACCCCUUGCAAGCGGCCCGGCCGGCUCCAGACUUCUGCCCAAGCAGCUUCCAGGUCAUCUUCACGCCCAUGUUGUGUGAAUACAUCCACUGCCGUGCCAAUGCGUACAAGAGUGCACUGUGGUCUGGUGGAUGGGUGGCCAGAGGUGGAAUGACGAUGCUCAAAAAGGAUGCAGACACAAGCGCCACAAGCAGCCAGGUUUCCUGCUCCAUCAAAUGACAGGUCGAACGAACGCCACUGUCGGCAGCCAGCCGGGUUGCUGCCAGAACGUGGCGGCAAAGCGACGAAAUUCAAUCUGGUGGAUGGGAACCCUUUCCCGGUAUUACUGCAG